CCACCGCUAAUUGGUGGGGAGGAGGGAGAUCCCGCCUCUGCUCCUCGUCGAUUGGACGAGGCUGGCGCGGCUCCGCCCCGCGCUGCUUUUCCCGCUCCGACCCGGAGACUCCCCAGCUCUCCUCCGAUUUGUUCUCUCGCUGGCGGUCCCACCUCUCGCCUCCUGCUCAUUGGCUAGCGCGGCGGCGGCUAGAUUCUCAUUGGCCGGCCCCGCCGUCACUCAGCGCUGCCCCGCGGCGGGACCGGCGGAGGUCAGCGAGCACUGCGCAGCGCGGCGGGCGGCAUCGGCGGCGACUCCCGGCAUCGGCGGCGAGCGGGGGCCGCCCGCCCGGCAGCGCCCAAGGAUUUGGGUCGCGUCGGUGCGUGGGCACCCCGUGCUACGCUAUGGGCAAGAAAAGCAAGAGGACAGCAGACAGUUCGUCCUCUGAAGACGAAGAGGAGUAUGUGGUGGAGAGAGUGCUGGACAGGAGAGUGGUGAAGGGUCAGGUGGAGUAUUUGCUCAAGUGGAAAGGCUUCUCUGAGGAGCACAACACCUGGGAGCCGGAGAAAAACCUGGAUUGCCCGGAGCUUAUCUCAGAGUUUAUGAAAAAGUAUAAAAAGAUGAAGGAAGGGGAUGGAAACAAAGCAAGGGAGAAAGCAGAGAGCGGCAAAAGGAAAGGGCUGCCCGCCAGUGCUGAGGAUAUCAAGGCCAAGAAGAAGAGGGAGAGCAAUGACAUCGCCCGGGGCUUUGAGCGAGGCCUGGAGCCUGAGAAAAUCAUCGGGGCCACCGACUCCUGUGGAGACCUCAUGUUCCUCAUGAAAUGGAAGGACACGGAUGAAGCCGACCUGGUGCUGGCAAAGGAGGCGAAUCUGAAAUGUCCCCAAAUUGUCAUCGCAUUUUAUGAGGAGAGACUGACCUGGCACGCAUACCCUGAGGACACGGACAGCAAAGAGCGCGAGGCUGCCAAGAGCUAAGGCAGCCCUGGGGGCCCUCCUGUACAUAGCCCCCCCCCACACACACCCCCUCCAGUCACAUCCCCUCCCUCUCCGUGUCCCCAGGGUGUGCCCUGCCUGUCCCCAGGGGCAGCAGAAGGGAUACGGUGGGGGAAAAGGGGGGGGGGGGGAAGGGGUGGUGACAAAACACUGAGGACCUUUGGUGAAGGAUGGACCCCGGUGGGGUCUCUGUGUUGCCCCCUGCCCUGUGUCCUCCCUUUUAGCCAUGGGGAGGAGGCCAGGUCUGAGGGGAGGGGGAAGGGAGGGAGGGAUGAAGGGGGAGGGAAGGA